CAAGAUCCGCUGGUGACAUCAGCAUCCUACUCUGCCAAGGAAGUCCAAGAUUUGCUAGAUGUGAUGUCCAGUACUGAAUUCUUCUGGAAUGCUGUCACUGGAGCUAUUGCUCCUCAUCUAUUUGAGGCAGGGUCUGCUGCAAUCUCUGAGGUACAUGGGAAAACUUGUGCUUUACCAAAACCGGUUCCUGUAUCUCAAUGGCCAUCCGGUUUUUCUGGAUUGGAUGUCAUUGGUAAUUGCCUCACUCUACCCCAUCGAGACCCUGGUGGUGCUCAAUCCCAUUAUGAUAUGCUUGUGAGUUUGGGUAUUGGGCAUGAUGCCAUUUUUUCCAUCAAAGAUCUUGAAGCCAACCUAGAUUAUUUCCCUGGUGCAAUGUGUUUUAUUUGUGGCAAGGUUUUGGAGCACUCAGUUGGUCCCUGGAAAAAGGGUGAACACUUUGUUCUAGCUCACUUUAUCAAGGAUAAGGUACAUGAUAGGGUAGGUGUGACUAGGCCUCCUUUUCCUGUUCAGGGAGAUUUUUUACACUUAGUGGAUAGGCCAAAGAAGCAGUUGAGGAAGAAAUAG